AUGACCAAGAACCUGAAGACGACUACGACCCUACUGGUGUGCUCCCCUCUAGGAAGAAACCCUGAAUUUCACUCCCUGUUCCGAUCGCGAACAAUGAAGCUCGAGGUUCCUCCUUCUCACCACAUCCCCCAUCUCUUGACCAAACUCAAGACGACCCCCAGGAGGAUCGUAACCCCACCGGUGAACCACCGAGAACGAUUUCCCCGCCCCUCGUACGCUGCUUCCUCCGGAAGCAGCGCACUUCAGGGUUCCUUCUCCCCCGCGAGAGAAUAUCCUAGGACCCGUCCCAGGCUCCCUCGCGCCGCCGCUACCCAGGUAGAUGCUACUCACGAAGAUGAAUGCUUAGAAGAACCGCCAAACAAAAGACCCAGGACUUCCGACACCCAACAUGGAAGAAUGUGUGUCACAGAAAGAUUAGUGACCAAUUGCACCGAGUUGGUGUGCCCUUCUUGUCACAGAGUGUUUAGCGGUUACUCCACCCUCGUGACUUAUAGCAAUUAA